UGACAGCUAAUUCAUUCACGAUGAUAUUUUAUGUGUUUCAGUGGUAAUACAGUAAUCUCGAUAAACCUGUAGCCUUCAAUCCGUAAAUUCUCUUAAAGGGGAUAUAUAAGAUAUAACCCAGCCAAACAACAAACAGCAACGCCAAUAUUGAAUGAACUGACGUGCGCACACGUUGAUUCAUUUGUUCAUGAAGACAUACCAAAAAGUAAACAAACAGACGACAAACUUUUCGUUCCCGUUUUAUGUUGUGAACUUCACAUAUUUGUGGGCUCAGUAUCGGCAUGGAUAGCUGAAAAAAUUCGAAGGAGGAUUAAAAGACUGGAAAAAAGAUAAUUUCGAAGGAAACAAGAAAUCUGAAGAGAUUCAAGCAAGAAAUCCGAUAGGAUUUAAACAAGUUAAUCUGAGGAGAUUUGGGGUCUAGCGAAGUACCUAGUAUAGUAGGUAUAGGCUACAUAGGACGACAUGGAGGACGAUUUGGAAUAUUACAUAACUUUUCCAACACCGACCCCAAAGGAAACGUAUCCCGAUGAAUCCAAGGAAGAUGAUGAUUAUGUGUUCGUGAAUGGAGCAAAUGGAGAGAAGGAACCUGUAGUCUUCCUCUUGGGAUGGUUGGGUGCCAAAGACCAACAUCUAGCCAAGUACAGCAGCAUUUAUAAUCAGCGAGGAUGUAUUACAAUCAGGUACACAUCUCCAACAUCAUACCUUUUCGUAAGACCAGAUAUAAAGCUUCUUGCAAUUGCUCGCAAACUCUUGUCCUUGUUGAAAGACAUGAGUCUAGAUAAUCAUCCCGUCUUUUUCCACAUGAUGAGCAAUAAUGGAUCUACUCUGUAUUAUUACAUAAGCCAAGCUAUGGGAGAAACAGAUGCUCCAGCCAUCAAUGUUAGAGGGUGUAUUUUUGACAGCACACCAGCACCAAGACGCAUCUUUACAGCUGCAACUGCCAUUUAUGAAGUAACGCCAGGAUCAGUGUGGAUGAAGCUUUGUGCAUCAUUGGGGAUGGUGAUUUACCUGGUGGGAUGGGGAGUGUUGUCAGUACUUUGGACAAUCAUCUCAGGCAAACUUCCAAAACAUCCUCCUUGGGCAUUAGUCGAGGAACAAUCUAGAUGUCCCCAGCUUUUCUUGUACUCUAAAGCAGAUAAGUUGAUAAGUUCUGAUGAUGUUGAUUUUUUCAUCGCUGAACGUCAAAAGUUAGGCAUUCCAGUAAUGGCAAAAUGCUGGACUGACUCCCAACAUGUUCAACAUUAUAGGCAAUAUCCAGAUGAGUACACCAACUCUGUGUACAACUUCCUUACAACUUGCCUCAGCAGGGAUGUAGCCAAAGAUGAAGAAGUGGCUUGCAGCAGUAGCACUGAUGCUGACAAGGCAAAAAGUGACUAAUUUUAUUCUAUGUUUCAAAAGUGAAGUCGCCUAGUCACUUUACACCUAUAUUGAUAUCUAAUUCAUAGUAGUACAUAUAGUAUAUAGUUUAUUACUGUAUUAUUUAAUAUAUCAUUUACCAAUUUCUCUUGAAACAUUAGAUUUUCAUAAUUAUAUAAAUUUUAAUGUUACAUUACAACAAUGUAGUAAAAGUUUUUUCUAAAUUUGCAGUAUGCUGAAAAAUUUAAUGUGAUACUAAGGGGCUAAAUUUCAUUGAUUGCAGUUAAGAGUAGGUAAAUUGAAUGUAAAUAUGUAUAUAUUAGAUAAAUAGGGGUAUAAGGAAAGAAGUUUAACACCAAUAAGUAAUUUAACAUCUAGUCAGAGAUGAUGUUAUUUAACUAGGAAUGUCAGAUUUUUACCAUUCUGAUUUUCUUGUUAACCAGUAGUAACUGCAGAUAUAAUUCAGUACAUACUAUGUUUUUGAAGUCUGGUUUGCAAUUUCUAGUAUACCGAGUGAGUUUGCAAAGUGGUUUGUUAUAACAUUGUUGCAAUUGCAUUAUUAAAUUUAGUACAUGUAUAGAGCAUUCCACCACUGUUACCAUUCUUUGACCAAAUUUUACCAAGUUCCUUGCAAUAAUUUUUAUAUAAUUUUUAAAAAUCAUAUGAAUAUUGCUAAUGCUGUAAAUAAAAAUUAAAUUUAGUUUCAAUUGUUCUUGGCAAGUUCCCUAGUCAAUGCCUUGAUUUGAAAGCAAUGUCAUCUUCAACCCACAUUAGAAAUGUAAAGUAAUUAAAUAUUUUACCACAUUUCAUGCAGAGAUAUCUAUUUUUGUUUUUCCUAAUAAGUUAUUUUAUUGCUGUGGUAUUUGUAAUGCCUUUCUCACUUUAGUUCCUAAUUAGGUAUAACAUUUGUGUAGGUUGUAUUAGUAAUAAGUCAUAUGCCUAUAUUGUAUGCAAUGUGUUUGAUCACAAACCAAAGUUUUAUAGUUUAUUUUCUUGGUAGCAAAGAGUAUUUUUGCAGUUUGUAAAUUAUCUGCUAUUUAUCAACAUUGUAAUGUUGUUAUGAAUUAGUGAGCGGCUCAUUCCUUUGUAAAUACUAAAUGCUAUGCUUUCCAGUGAUUUUCUGUGAUUCAGAUGGUUAAUUUUGUGAUUUAGAUAACCAUUCUCAUAAAAAAUGAAAAAUGUCAAAUUACCUAACAAAAAUGACAUUUAUUUCAGUAGUUCUCAUAGGUUAAUGCACUUAUGACAUUAGUUUGGAUUGGUUUUGCUUCUACAGGACAAGUGUAACUUUGCUCUGGUAUCCCUCUAAAGAAAAGGGCUGGGGGAAUAUGUGGGUCAUAAAUUGAAUAGUGUUAUUGGGCAUGAAGUUUGUUCUUUUAUUUAUUUUAUCACUGAUUAGAACUGACUUAGGAAGAAAGUAUGGUUGCAAGAUAAGAAUUUUGGUUUUUGUAACAUUAGUUUUGCUUAUAAAAAAAAUAACACCAUAGAAACUGCACUGGGGAUGGUCAUUAACUACACAAAUUUCACACUGGCCCUUGCUUCUCAUUGGACUGAGUCAUCAACAAAAAUUUUGACUGGGGCUACAUUCCAUCAAAGCUUGGAGAAAAACCACUAAUGCUUUCAAGGCCAAAGACCUAGAGGUGGAUGGUGUUUUAAAGGAACUUUCAAAGAUCACCUUACAUCAAUUUUGACCUUGCAAUGAUUUCAUUGUAAACAAAUGCAAGAAAUGCAUUCAAAACUGGUUUGGAUCAGGAGAUGAUCCAACUAUUAAGCAUUGGUGGCCGUAAAGCCGCUGGUCCCGUUGCUGAAUAACCACUGGUUCCAUGCAAUGUAAAAGCACCAUACAAACAAACAAUAAACUGUUAAGCAUAAAGAAUAGACUACAGAAACAUGGACUACUACACCAUAAUACAAGGCCCAAUUAAAAUCAGUAUUGGUCAAGACCAUGAUCAUAUAUCUAUAGUCAACACUCGUAACUUGUGAAAAUAUGUAUCAAGAAACGUCACUCUAAUGGGGCCCAGAGAGGAAGACUAAAGCAAACAAACAAGUCACUUGAGACUGCAACCUAGAGUCCAACAAGCCAAAACAGCAGCAGAACAGAGUUAGAUGUAAAUAUGUCUUAUUUCUAAAUUAAACCAAAAUAACAUCACUGUAUAAUUACCUAAAUUAACAUCUCGUAAAUAAUAAACUAGAAUAAUAUUUCUUUAGCCUUCAUGGAAGAUUAUGACAAUUCAAAAAUAAUGAGGAUUAAUUUUGACACAAAAUGACAAAUUUUAGAAUUAUUUGCAUUUUUCAUAGCUAACAAACCUGAGGUCUUAACAAUAGGAUGUUUCCAAGCGCAGCUGGUAAACCGGUUAAUACAAUCGGAGAUUGUAAGCAAGGAAUCUGUGAGAUCUGGUAACACUUACGCAUACUAGGUGAGAUCUGGUUGAAGACCGCGUCUCACCAGGGAGAUAAGAAGUGAUUUGGACAGGUCCAUUUCUAAGCUAACCUCUGGUCUAUUAUUAGACUUUCUCCUCUUAAUUGUGUUAGUGCAGCAUGUCAGUGGAAAAAUCAAAUCCGGCAGCCUACUAAUACCUUCAGGGGGUAAAUGACUGAACAGUAAUGCAUUAGACCUAUACUGAAACUGGCUUCAAACACCCAAGCUUGCUUUCACAGAACCGAUAUCAUGAUACACGAGUUUAAAUCUUGACUCUUCUCUCAGAGAGUUUUACUUGAGCACCUGAACUCCAUUUUUCUGAAAGGAAAAAUGUCAUCCGUUCCCACAACCUACAAAGCUGUAAUAAAUAAUUUCCAGAUAAAAUAUUUCAUGUCAGCUAAGGUCGUUUUCCACUUAAGUUGUGUAUUAAACAUGUUUGCUGCUCGGCUGUUGAUUGAAAGAUUGGACAUGGGAAAUUUUUUUCCCUAACAUCCCCAAGACAUUACAAAUAUACACAAUUUCAUGGGCCUAGUAUGCAAGACUACCUAGCAUGUGAGAUUACCAAGUUCCAGAAUGCCUCCUUACCUCAUUAAUUUUGUGGAAAUUUUGAAGAACUGAAAAGUCUACUGGCAGCUACAACAAACCACAAAGACAAGAAUUGGUUUUUGUGUUGCAAGGCAUAAAUACUGUAUAACUGAAUCUACAGAAUAGCUGUGACAUAUCUAACAGAAAAGAAGUAACUUUAGCUACAAACAUUAUUGUUUCAACUUACCUUAGUUCUUCAUAACAGAGUAGUGUUGGAUACAUCAUUCACUUUCCGGAGCAUUAAGGGUUUAAUUUCCAAAAUGCACUGAUUAGUUUUCUGGAAAUUAGAACUAUGCAGUUUUUUCCUCGGUGUUUAUGGGAUACACACAAAAAAAAUCUCGCCAUACAAACAAAAUAUUUCAUCAUACAAACAUAUAUUAUUUCUUAGGAUAUACACUUUUGUAUAUGUAAUGACCUCCCUAUCUUGAACAAGAAGACCAAAGCUUUCAAGAUCCUGGAAACCAUUAACAUUGCAUUAAUUUUUUUGAAAUCUAGUAAAAAUUCCCAUGGCUAUCAACAGGUAUAGUUAUCAACUGAAUAUGACCCUAUUUAUAAUUUUGGCUUGUAUAUCAUAAUUUUAAGCCUACCAAAUCUAAUUAAACUUGUAUUAUUUUUGUUGUUGGAUCCAACUCAAUUUCAGAAAGCACAAUCUUAUUUGUACUACUAUAGCUUUAACUUCUGCAUCACUUAAAUUAGAAAAUUAAGCAUUAACAUUGUAGUUUUCAACUACAAAGCUUGAGGUACCUAGUGCAAUAUGUAAUAACGUUUUCGUAUAAUUCAUUAAAAUACUUAAUUGCCUAAGCCAUAUGUUUAAUGGAAAUGUUAUAAAAGUAAGUUGUAUGUUAUUGGGAAGUGGCCUUGAAUGAGAGCAAGUGAAAUAAGAGAAAAAUCAUGCUUACAAAAAAGGAAACCAGAAUUCAUCUAAGUGUAAUAAUAACUACUGGGUCCAAUUAAAAAUGUCUCCCAACAUUAAAAUAGUUAUUUUUAUAACAAC